AUGAAGUCAUUCGGCAUCUUCCGCGGUGGGGGGCAAUUGAGCUCGUCUUCCCAAGGGUCUCCGGGGCAGAGCGGAAGGGUCCCCGACGGAGGAAGACAGGGACGGAGAGUGAUCCCCACCCGGCCGUUCUCCAGCGGGGCCAGGCCCGGUGAUGCCCAUGAGCAAGUCGUCCCGUUGCUCAGGAUGGGAAGUCCGCUUGGCGGAGGAGCGCCGGUCUCGACGUGCGACACGCCGAUCACAACGCCAAUUGCUGUCGAGGUUUUAGACUUGGCUCUUAGCCCCGCGAGAACCCCUACAGGUCUCACAAGCCCUUAUGCGAUCGACGAAUUGUUUGACCUCGGCGAGAACAAGCAACACGAGCUCGACGAGGCUACUCAAUUGGCUCUGAAAGGCUUCACUCCAUCUCAACGUACCUUUGCUGUUGACAUCUCGUAG